GUCUAAUUUCUUCCGUGAUUCUGUUUCCUCCUUCAAAAUGAAUGUAUGGGUACAUUUAGGAUUCAAUCAGGAAAUAAGGCAGCUAUUAUAAAAAGCAAAAGCAAUUAACUUAAAGUUUGAAUGCUGUUAUAGCGUGAGCCACGAGUAAGAUAUAUAUAAGGCUGUAGCUAUACAUACAAUGGCCAAUGAAAUUGAAGUGAACAUUGAGCUGCCCAGUCCCACUACGGAGGAUGAACCUAAUAUUACUUCAGUUACUGUCAAGAGGAGGGAGACGCUAACUGGCAAUAGGCUCACUAUUGAUUCAAUCUAUCUCCAGCAAUUCAAGGUUUUGGACCCGGCACAUAAGGAAGCAUUCAAGAGAAGCAUUGAGACCUACUCUGCAAACCUAUUAAAUGAUCCCCAACUUGGGCUUGUCUUUUACAAAGCUCACGUCUUCAGCAACAGCAAUGUGAAAGUCACCGACUCUAUUCUUGCUGGAGAUGAGGAUCCAAGUCUGCAAUACAUUUUGCACUUUCAUGUGUUCGAUGUUGAGUUCCUCACUGAAGACAAAGUGAAACAAAUUGAAGAGCGCCACCUUCCUAAUUUGCUCAGCAGCAACGGACAGCUUAUUGCCAAGCUGAUUGAAACAAAAGUCAUGAUUCAUGAGGAUACAGAUCUUCGCAAGCCAAACUACGUAGCUCAAGAAGCCACGGAUUCCAAAUACCCACACCAAGAAGAGGGACAAGAAUCAGGCACCUGUUGGAGCAGGUUUAUCAAUUUCUGGCUCAUCCUCCCAAGAGUACAGUGGGAUUUCUUCAAUUUACUCUACCAAAUGUACACCUUCGACAUUACACAUCAAGGAUUCAUCCCCAAGAUUGUUCAUUUUUUCACCAUCCCGACCAACAUUGUCUUGUUUUUCAUGCUGUUUGCCCAAUUCAACCUGCCUGGUGAAAGUACCACUAUUGUACGUCGAGGCCCCUUCUUCUUCCCAACCAACUGGACAUACCUCCCCCUAGCUAUUUUGAUAGUGGUCUACAUUCUCAUGGGUAUCCUCCGAAAAUGUGUGGCGUGGGGGAUUAUCACAGCCAUCGUUAUUACCCUGUUAUGGGGAGUGGGAAAUCUUUUCCACGAGGUAGUGAAGCUCGAGCCACCCAAUGCCAACACAACUGGAGUAUACAAUCCAAUUCCUUUUGUCAAUGCUGUGUAUCUGCCUUACAACCCAAUUAUAUGGAGCUAUAUCAUCUCUUUUAUCCAGGCUGGCUCACACUUUUUUGUUCCUCAAUUGCCCCCGUACAUUACUGGAGUCUACCAUUGGGAGUCUAUCAGCCAGUUCUUGUGCGGCAAGAGCCAUUUCAUCUUUAAAGUAUUGGCUGUUGUUUGUUUUCCAGUGCUCUCUGUUUCUGUGGCUUACUUUUCGUGGCCUCACCUCAUUGGAACAGAAGUGUUCUACAUCAUGGCAGGUAUAGGUUACGAGCAUAGCUACUUCAAGAAGUACAAGUUAGUUGUUGAGAAAGCUGAAUUGAGUGGAAAUCCUCGUGUUGCUCAGUUCCCUAUGUCUGCUGACACAUUGAUGCAGCCUCAAAAUCCCUAUUCUACGCACUUGGGAAACCAUGGUGUUGUUGAGAAUAAGGACAAAGGAAACAAGAAGCAAAUAGUGAAGGAUGUUGCUUCAUGUCAUAUCUACCAAGCCUAUUUCCAUGGUCGCCAUAUGGCUAAGUCAGGACAACACAGAGAUGGUCAUCUUUAUCAUUACAAGGCUCUGAAUGAUCACUACUAUACCCUGAAGUGAUUAAUGCGUUGAAUGAAAAAUUGAAACACAAGUAUAGUAGAUAGAAUUGUAGGUAGAUAGAUACUUAUAGAUCGAAUUGUGUUUUUGAACCCCCAUUUUUUACAACUAUAUACAAAUAUGACUGUUAAACUAAAAUAAAUUUCAUACACAAAACAAA